UGAGUGAGUGAGUGAGAAAGAACGACGUGUUGCAUCGAAAAGAGCGGGUUGAGGGGAGGAAAAGGAAAGACGCUGCCGGUUGUACUUGGCCCAUUGUUCCAACGGCAAGUGACGAGAACGGAACGUGAAACGUGAAAUUAUUUAGACGACGCCUUCGCCACGUACACAUUAAAACGAAUAAUACUCGAUCAUCUUUAUUUUCCUGUCAAUGUAAAAAAAGGAAUAAUUAAUAUUUAGAAGUACGUUUCGCGAUAUUUUUUCUUUUUCUUUUUAUAUAUCUUGUGCAUAGUCUAAUUAAUUCGUACUGCCAGAUCCAACGCCAUGGUUGCCGGUACAAAACUGAUGAACGUCAGGGUGACGACGAUGGACGCCGAGCUGGAGUUUGCCAUCCAGCAGACGACCACCGGCAAACAACUUUUUGAUCAAGUAGUUAAGACAAUUGGUCUACGUGAAGUUUGGUUCUUUGGGCUUCAAUACACCGACAAUAAGGGUGAUCUAACAUGGAUCAAAUUGUACAAAAAGCCGGAAAGUGCAAUAACGAGAGUCGUCAAGAAGGAAGUUAAAAAGAAGGUACGAAAAUUAAGAGGCUACUCGGACUCUGACACCGAUGACGACGAUUUCGAAGACGAUCUGUAUGGACUUCCGUUCUUGUCUAGGGUGAUGAACCAGGAGGUCAAAAAGGAGACGCCAUUGCAGUUCAAGUUUCGCGCAAAAUUUUAUCCCGAAGAUGUUGCAGAGGAAAUCAUACAGGAUAUUACACUUCGUCUAUUUUACCUUCAGGUGAAAAACUCUAUUCUAUCAGAUGAAAUUUACUGCCCACCUGAAACAUCCGUUUUGCUAGCAUCUUACGCGGUUCAAGCAAGACACGGUGAUUUCCAAAAAGGAAUACAUACUCCUGGAUUUUUAGCUAACGAUCGUUUAUUACCCCAACGCGUUGUCGAUCAACAUAAAAUGAGUAAAGAAGAAUGGGAGAGUUCGAUAACCAAUUGGUGGCAAGAACACCGUGGUAUGUUGAGAGAGGAUGCUAUGAUGGAAUACUUGAAGAUUGCUCAGGACUUAGAAAUGUAUGGAGUUAAUUAUUUCGAGAUUCGUAAUAAAAAAGGAACAGAAUUGUGGUUGGGUGUCGAUGCUUUAGGCUUGAAUAUUUACGAAAAGGACGAUAAGCUUACUCCUAAAAUUGGUUUCCCUUGGUCGGAGAUAAGAAAUAUUUCUUUUAACGAAAAGAAAUUUAUUAUUAAACCGAUAGAUAAGAAGGCACCAGACUUUGUCUUCUUUGCUACAAGAGUGAAAAUUAAUAAGAGAAUUUUGGCACUUUGUAUGGGCAAUCAUGAAUUAUAUAUGCGUAGACGUAAACCUGAUACCAUUGAUGUUCAACAAAUGAAGGCUCAAGCCAGAGAGGAAAAAAUCGCCAAACAACAGCAAAGGGAGAAAUUGCAAUUGGAAAUAGCGGCGAGAGAACGCGCAGAAAAGAAACAACAGGAGUACGAAGAAAGGCUAAGAAAUAUGGCCGAAGAAAUGGAUAGGCGACAGGCUGAAUUGAAUGAAGCUCAAGAAAUGAUAAGACGUUUGGAAGAACAAUUGAAACAGUUACAAGCUGCUAAGGAGGAAUUGGAAGACCGUCAAAAGGAAUUGACGGCAAUGAUGGAGAAAUUAGAACUUUCUCAUGAAAUGGAAGCAGCAGAACGUGCCAAGUUGGAACAAGAAAUCAGAGCUAAGCAAGAGGAAGUACAACGCAUACAAUCUGAAGUAGAAGCAAAAGAUGCUGAAGCUAGGAGAUUGCAGGAAGAGUUUGAAGCUGCCAAUAGACUCAGGCAAGAGGAAGCAGAUCGUGCUUUCCAAGCUAAUACGACUCCUCAUCAUCAUCACGUAGAAGAAAAUGAGGAAGGAGAAGAAGAAGGUGAAGAUGAGGUUCCCCAUGGUGAUGUUACUAAAGAUCUUGCUACGGACGAAUCAAUAAUUGAUCCUGUCGAAGAGAGACGUACUUUGGCUGAAAGAAAUGAACGUCUUAACGAUCAAUUGAAGGCAUUGAAGCAAGAUCUAGCACAAUCACGAGACGAAACUAAGGAAACUGUUAUGGAUAAAAUCCACAGGGAAAAUGUUCGUCAAGGACGUGACAAAUAUAAAACGCUUCGUGAAAUUCGUAAGGGAAAUACCAAACGUCGUGUCGAUCAAUUUGAGAAUAUGUAAAAUAUGUGCGUAUAUUUAUCAGCACGCCCGGAAUGCAUUUUUAUUAUCUCAUUUUUUUGAAUUUCAUCCGUUCUGUAUAUCUUAUUAUACGGAAUAAUAUUAUUAUUGCACAUAAGAGAGAGAAAGAGAUAGAAAAAGAAAAAGAGAGAGAAAGAAAAAAAGAGAGAGGGAGAAAGAGAGAGA